GGAUGGAACAAGCUCAGUGUUUGGUGUGGCAAAUUAGCAGGAAAGAUCAGAUCUUCAAGUGCUCGUUAUCAUCACCAUCAUCAAUGAACUCAACAACAUGGGAAGAGAAGGCUUUUGCUGCAGAUGCAGCUGGGCAUGGUCCUCUUGGGGGUUGUAUAUGGCCUCCAAGAUCUUAUUCCUGCAGCUUUUGUAUGAGAGAAUUCAGGUCAGCUCAAGCCCUAGGGGGCCACAUGAAUGUCCACAGGAGAGACAGAGCCAGACUCAAGCAAUGCCUUAACCCCAAUAACACUGCUCACCAUCAUCAUAGCCAUGAGGCCCAUCAUCAUCAUCAGCUUUCUAAACCAUCUGAUCAUGAUCAUGAUGAUCAUCAUCAACCUAUAACUUCCUCAAUAUCAUGUCCUUUCUCAUCACCUUCUAGGGCUCCCUCAGCUUUAGUCUCUAUUCAGAAGGAGAAUUCCUCAGGUGCUGAACGCGCUUUUCUCUCUCAUCAUUCUGCUACUUCUGCUCCAUCUUGGUCAGAUAAUUCAAAGUCUGAUCAUCAAUUGGAAAAGAAUAUCAUGACCAGAGAAGAAGAAGAUUCUAGGUGCCUGCUAGGUAGUUAUGAUCAUGGUGAUUUUAAUGUUGAGACCGAUUUGUCUGUGGGGUUAAAUAUUUCGGUUGUUAGCCGAAACAGAUCACAAGGUGGGUCUUGUGGGGAAGAGGCAAGCAUCAGUUGUAAAAGGCCAAAGACUGCUACUGCGGCUAUUUCUUCAUUUCCAUUUUUUCUCCAAUCAGAAGCAGAGGUGACUGGGCUUAUGGCUAGCUCCUCCAUGGAAGAUUUGGAUCUUGAGCUCAGGCUUGGUGACCCUCCCAAGGUGAAAUGAAAGCACUUUGGCCUGGCAAUGCAAUUGUAUGGGCUCAUGGUCUUAUUUUGCACUGCUUUU